AUGUGCGGAUUUGACUAUUUUCCUAAUCUUCAAUCUCUCUGCAUUGUCGGCCAGUCGAUCGAUAAGAUUGAGAACAUUAGUUCACUUUUUAAGUUGAAAGAAUUGUGGAUUGUUGAAUGCUGUGUUAAAGAAAUAUGUGGUCUGGGAUCUUUACUGAGCCUGCAAAAACUCUACCUAUACUCGAAUAAGAUUUCGAAAAUGCAGAAUCUGCAAUCCCUUAAAAGCCUUCGAGUCCUGGCUCUCAAUGAUAAUCCUAUCAGUAAGAUUCAGGGUCUUAAAGAGUUGACGAAUUUAAUUGAAUUAAAUUUAGCUGACUGUGAGAUAGAAAGAAUAGGAUCAUCGUUAAGUCACUUGAUCAAUCUUGACACUUUGGACUUAUCAGGCAAUCCUUUAUUCUUAUUGGAUGAUAUAAAAAACUUAAAGACAUUAACUAACUUACGGCAUUUGAGUUUGAAGAGUAAAAUCCAUAGAAAAUGCUGCCUAACCGAUCUGCCUAACUACAACUUCUACGUCAUACACCACGUGACCAACCUGUUGACGCUAGACGGGGAAGAUGUGACUAAUUCCGUGGUUAAAUUAUCGUCCACGAAUAUGGUGAAUAGGAAGCUCGUGUAUUAUACGAUGAAGAGAAAAGCUUGCGAUAAAAAUUACUACAAGACGUUAAGAUGUAUAUCCCAAGCGAGUGACAAUAAACUGAAAUUCAUAUAUGAUAGACUGAGGCAACUCAACUUAUUCCUCUGUGUCAAGCCAGAUGAAGAGAAUGUCAACCGUGUCAAGCCUCUCAUAGAGAAAUAUCAUCAACUCGUCCGCAAGUAUGCAGCCUGCAAGGACCUCGUCCAAUCACGUUUCUGCAGCCUCGAUUACGCCAGGCAAUCGUACGACAGCAUAGCCGUCACCAAGGUCACCAAAGUUGAAAAUGGGUCAUUGACCUAUAAAUUUCAUCACAGUAUUGGUCAGAAAUGUUCUGGCUCGGACGUGUCCUAUUGGCCACCGACGAGACAACUGGCCUACAAAAAGGACCUGGAGUAUUUAUUCUACGUGUGGGAAGAUGGCGAUGACGUCAGCAGUGAACUGAUGACGAUUGUUAAGGAUGGAGUGACGAGACGAAGGAAGAAGAAAAUGAGUGGCAGGAGAAAUAACGCGAAAAUGACGAUGACAGAUAAAAAUAACUCAGCCAAAAAUAGCUCGGCUAAAAAUAGUUCGGCUAAAAAUAGCCCAAUUAAAAUCCCAGCCAAUGACACUAAAGUAACGGAGAUGACGACAAAGAUGAAAGAAAGAGGUGAUAGUAAUGAUGCCCUUAAGAAUGCCGGUUAUGGUAAUGAUCUUCGUAGUGCUGGUUAUGAUAAUGAUCGCAGCAGUGUUGGUGACCGUUAUGAUAAUGAUUACGUAGUUUACGGCGACGUCAUCGUCAUCAUCAUUUCUAUACGACGGGCUGAAGAGAGGAAAUCAUCAUCAUCAUCAUCGUCGUCGUCGUUAUGUGAUUGCGCCGUGAAACAGCGCGAAUGGUUCAUUUUGAAACCCGAGUUUGUACUACUGGAGUACAUCAUUGAGUUUGAAUAUCUAACUAAAGAUGAGAAACAUGGUCUGAGUUUUGAAGAGAGGAUUGAUGCCGUGUUUGAUAAACAAGUUUUGCAGCGGCUACAUCAGCAGCCACAGCAGCCACAACAGCCACAACAGCAGCUACAACAGCAGCGACAGCAGCAGAUUCGUCUUCUAGAUGAUGAUGAUAUCGAUGAUGAUAGCUACAUUGACACCAUCAACAGACACCACAACAAGAUUGCAAACCUUGAUGGAUUGUACAUGUUAAGCCAACUCUACGAGUUUUACGCCUCCAACAAUUUGGUCACAUCAUUAUCAGGAAUCAAACACGGAAUGACGAAGAUGAAGAUGAUGACGUUGCAAAACAAUCAGCUGACGAACACGUACGGUGACGUCAUGAUCAUCAUCUGCAAGCUGCAAAAUAUCACCCAUCUUGAUAUCAGCUGCAACUAUUGGAGGAAGGCUCACAAAAUGAAAGAAACGUUAACAAAGAAAUUGAAAUAUCUCGUCGAGCUAGACAACCAGCCAGUCGUGAAAAACAUUCCAUCUGCUCAAACGACGGACCAAUCAAAUAACAACGUCCAAAGAUCCAACAACCAAUCAAAAAAUGUUUCCUCAUUUGCUGACCAAUCACCGGCCACUACCGACAGUGGCGACCAAUCGAAUUCGAGCGCGGUGUUCGACGGCCAAUCACAUAGACGCAUCUCUCUAGGUUGUGCAACUGAAAAACCGACAACUUUUCGACCAAUCACAUCACAGCAAACCAGCAUAACCAGCGUAUCUUAUCGCAACAGCAUCAUCUUCAAUCUCAACAAUUUCAAACAAUUCAAACACAUCGUCUGGGCUAACUUCGACGGUAAUAAUCUCUUUACAAUUCAGGGCCUGGAGUCAUGCAGGAACACUCUGCUCGAGCUCUCAUUGGCUGACAACCAUUUGAAGAGCGCCAAUCAGAUCGCUCUAUUUACGAAACUUGAAAAGCUCUGCCUGGACGAUAAUUACAUAAGCAAUUUUUCUAACUCCACUUUCCAGCCAAUCACAAACUUGAGUCACCUGUCAAUCAUAAACAAUCAGGUCAAGCAAUUAGCAGUAUUUUCUUGCUUGUUAAAUUUGAUGGAGUUUUACGCAAGCAACAAUGAGGUGGAAGAUUUGAGGGAGGUCUUUCACCUGAAAAAGUUGCAGAAAUUGUUAAUUCUUGACCUGGAGAACAACCCAUUGACGCGAACGAGCGAACAAUAUCGCAUGUUCACCAUCUACCACAUACGAACCAUCAAGAUACUGGACAGCUGCUAUAUCGAAAAACCCGAACUGUUGAAAGCGAAAGAAAUUUACGGCGGCAUGUUGACACGUGACUUCCUGAUGGACCAAUUAGAUAGGAUGAACGUUGAGGACGUCAGGACUCUGGAUUUCCCCAUCUCAUCCAUCCAAUCCAUCGAUCUCGGCAACCCAUCCCAGUUUAAUAAUCUCAUUAGCAUUAACUUGGAGAACAACAAUCUGACCUCUUUUUCUGGCCUCAUUUACUUGAAAAGUCUUAAGGUAGAAUUUUCGGGGGUUGGGACACUCUGCCUAAAUAACAAUCGCAUAGAAUGCGUUUUCGAAAAAUCGAAAUUCAAACAAAAGACCCUAAAUAACAUGGUGGUUUAUAACAGCACCCCUUACGCGGUCGAGGUCAUCCAGAUGACCGUCCUUGACAGUUUGGAGGUCUUACAUUUGGGUUAUAACGGCAUAAAGGAUUUGCAGAAUCUGCAGUUGAACUUCAUUCCCUCACUGAGGGCCCUGUUCCUCCAAGGGAAUGAGAUUGCCCGCGUGGAGGGCUUGUACGGAUGCCACAAGCUGGAAGAACUCGUUCUCGAUAAGAACAGAAUAAGGUCUCUGGACGAAUUGUCACUCGUGAAUCAGCAGAGGACGAUGAGAGAGCUACACGUCGAGGAAAAUAGGUUGAGGAGUUUGAACAACUUCGGGAGGUUGUUCGCACUGCAGAGGCUCUUCUUGGGACUCAACCAACUCCAGGAGAUAAUGGAGAUUGAAAAGUUAAGCACCUUAGUCAAUCUCAUCGAGAUAUCUCUGUCGCAAAAUAAUAAACUUCAAAUCAUUGACGGAGUGCCAAUCACGGAAUCCGAUAGGAGCAGAGCUGAAUUAUUUUACAACGAACAAGUUCAACAAUUUAACUCGCCGCUUAUGAAUAUAAAUGAGCAGAGCGCCCUUGCCUCUAUCUACGUCAACCAAUCAAACAGGCUUCUAAAAAUAAACAACAUGCAAUUGGUCGAAAAGUCGCUGGGCGGGGUUAACGUGAUGACGUCAGAGAUGGUUGAUUACAACAAUCACGAAUGA